AUGUUUGGUCUGUUUCCACCUGAAAAAUCCCUCCAGAACAACUAUACCACCGAUGACCCACUCUCCAGGCGCCGUCUUUCGUUGUACGAAUCAAGCAUAUGGGCCCCUGUUCCACCUUCGGACCGUAAUCCCCCUGUGGAUCUUAACAUGGUACCUGAGAAUGCUGCUUCUUUCAGACGAAAUGACAUGGCUGGCCACAUGUCCAAUGUUCCUAUUGCAAAUCGAGACUACAUGAUGCAACAACCAAACCAAGAGUAUUUGAACGGACCAAAUAUGAAUAUUGGUGGUAUGAGUUCCAGUCCAACUUCGCAAUGGAGUCCCACCCAAAGAAUGCAAAACAAUAUGCUCCGCUCAGAACACACCCGGCUGGGAUCUGGGGAAUUCAACUUAUCUCUGAUGGAGCCCGGCUUGAAUUACUUCUCAGCACUGGAUCAGGGCAGAGGAUUUGUACCUCCUACGAAUAUUCCGAAUUUGUGGAACGAGUCUCCCUGGCGUAAUUCAUAUGCUCAGGAAGCACAGGAAGCGCAUGGAAUGCCCAUGGGGAUGUAUUCUGGCAAUGGACAAAGAAGAAUGUCUGCUGCCACCCCCUUAUCGGUUUCCAAUGUUGCUCCCGGCUCACGUUCAAAUUUCAUGCAUGGGGUCAAUUUGAAUUCUUCACCACCCCAAACUAUGUACACAGCAACCUUUAGACGGCACUCCUACAACGAUGAUUUCGGAAUUAGAAGUCAGAAACUCAACCAGGGUUCAAUCCCGGCAUAUCAGCCAAAUCAACCUGCAACCAAAUCUCCCCAUAUGGCUCCACAGCAACCAGAGAGCCAUGAAGAGUCCGAUGCUUUUUCAGCCGUUUAUCAAUAUUUUUCGGAAGAUCCACAUGAAAGAGUCAAGGUAACCAAGGAAUAUUUGGAACAACGUUUCUUUGAUGAGGAGAAAUACUUAGGGGAGCUGUACCAACUUCCCAAGUUUCCAGUAGAAACGCUGUUGCGGAAUUAUCAGUUGGUACUCGUGGGGUUCAAAGCUGGUCGUAUUGAUGUAUUCUACAUCGCUGAAAGUCUGGAAGAACUCAAGCUGGUGAAAGUUGGUGACUUAGUGAUAGUAGAAGCAGACCGCGGUCGGGAUUUGGGAAAAGUGGUUAAAAUGAAUAUUUCCAUUGAUGAGGCUAGACUUUUGAAGCUUUUACAAUUUUUGGAGCAGCAGGCUGCUCUAAGUGAGAAUUCUAAUGUGAAUGACAUCUCGGUGAGGUCACUUCAAACAGGUGGACAUCACGGCCACCACGGUGCAAAUCCACCUCCGACUUUGCAUUUCCCAAAGUCCGUUGUUUCUUUGGCACAACCGAACGAGAUUUUGCAAAUUCUUAACAAGAACCAAGAUGAGGAGAAAGCCUGCCGGUUGUGUUUGGCCAAGAUUGCAUCUACCACCAAUAUGUUGAGCUCUGGCGACAGCUCCAGCACUAUGACGUCGACGGACUUGAUGCAGAUCAAGCUAAUUGACGCUGAGUACCAGUUCGAUCGGCGGAAGCUCAUUUUCUACUACUCUACAUCAAAGCGGAUUGACUUCCGUGAUCUUGUUCGCGAGUUAUUCCGCAUCUACAAGACAAGAAUCUGGAUGUGUGCUGUAAAUGGAAUCCCAUAUGUGCCACAGCACCAAAAAGGCAAAGGUUCCAGAGGGUCCAACCUGGGGAGAAGCCAUGGAAGAAAUGGACUGGCCGGGAAUAGCAGUGGCCAUGGAGUAAACAGCAACAACUCCAACAGUGCAACUGGAGAAGAAGGUGCACCACAUGGAACAGGCAACGGCAAUCAGCGCAUGACGCAAAUUUCACCAAUCACUACAAGCCACCAGGGCAACAAACUUCACAACCACAUUGCCCCUGGAGGGUUCAUGGAACGGCAGUCAUCAUAUCAUGAAUCGCCUGUGUACCGGCUGCACAAUGAUAAUCUUCGCGAACAUGUAGUUCCAAGACACUACCAGGACGGACGCAUAGAUGAGGAGUCCAACAGCAAGAAAGACAGUGGAGAAUCUCUCGUUUUGAAGCUGUUGGUUGACACUCUCAACCAUUAG